AUGCCUGGUCGAAUAAUCCAAGACCAGAUGCCUCAGCUGGAUAUCGCAAUCGUUGGCUCUGGCCUUGGUGGCCUCAGUGCGGCAAUUGCAUUACGACGUGCGGGCCACAGUGUCACCAUCUACGAGCGCUAUGACUUUGGAGGAGAGGUUGGAGCCUCGCUCUCGGUUGCCUCGAAUGGUUCCAGACUUCUCGAAGAAUGGGACGUGGAUAUCAAAGCGGCAAAGCCAGUGAUACUGCGGUCACUUAUUAUGCAUGACUGGUCAAGUGGAGAAGUAACCAACACCUAUGACCUGGGAGAUUAUCGCGCCAAGUUUGGGACAGAUUACAACAAUUUCCAUCGUAUCGAUCUGCAUAAUGUGCUCAAGGACACCGCUGUCUCGAGUUCAGGGAAGGGGAUGCCAUGUAAACUCGAAGUGUGGCAUAAGGCGACUAGCAUUGAUCCUGGUACCGGCUCGAUCCAAUUCGAAAAUGGGAAGAGUGUGACUGCUGAUGCGAUUAUUUGCGCCGAUGGUAUCAGGUCUCUCUCAAGGGAGCAGCUGGGUGUGAUACCAAAAUUUGUCUCUUCAACCUCCUGCUGCUAUCGCUGUAUCAUUGGCGCUGACAAGUUGAGAGAUCUUGGUCUCGAAGAGUACUUGAAUAAUAACGCGAUUGAAUUUUGGGGUGGAUACGGUAUCAACAAGAUUGUCCUUUCGGCUUGUUCAGACAACAACGUCGUAUCUUGUUACUGCUUUUACCCUGCAGAGCUCAACAGUGUGACUGAAGAUGGGUGGAACCUGUCGACCACUUCUGAAAACUUGGUGAAAACAUUCCCAGGCCUCGAUCCAAAGAUCCACAAACUUUUCAUGAACGCCGAAGAUAUCAAGAUGUGGCGGUUGUAUAAUCAUGACGAAUAUCCAUUCUGGACAAGAGGAGUUUGCACUUUACUAGGAGAUGCGGCACAUCCCAUGGUUCCCGACCAGUCGCAAGGAGCUUGUAUGGCAAUUGAAGACGCCGGUGCCCUGGGUAUUGUCUUCAGCCCAAAGUACAGUCAUCUCACAGUCCAGCAGCGACUCAAGCUCUAUGAAAGUACCCGGAAGAAGCGAGCGACUCGAGUUCAAUCAGCAAGUGCCCGGGCCAGAACAGAUCUUAGCGAGAGAAUUGGGUGGAGCAGCUCCAAGGAUCGCCCUGGGAAACUGACGAUUGAAGAGAUAUGUGGAUAUGAUAUUCAUGCUCAUAUUGCCCAAUUAGCUGGCGAAUUGUAG